CGGCACGUGACGCGGAUCAUCCUAGCGCCGCUCGACUUUUUUCCGAACUCUCGCCGCAACAGUCGCGUUUGCUGCGUCUAUAUCAAGUCACAAUGGCCGAUUCUUCCAGUUCAGGCGCCGCUGCUGGUACCAGCGGUACCGGUCAGCCCAAGGCGGCUCCAAAGCCACCUAACCCGGUCUUCAAGAUGAUGGGUUUGCCGAACAUUCGCUUCAAGCUGCCCUCUCGUAACUGGAUGAUCUUUUUCACCAUCACCGGUUCUUUUGCCGGCGCUAUCAUCUACGACCGCCGGGAGAAGCGCCGUUCACAACAGAAGUGGUGCGACCUCGUGGCUCAUAUCGCGAACGAGCCGCUGAGCGUCGACCAGAUGCGCCGCAAGUUGACCGUUUACCUGGCUGCGCCGCCGGGUGAUGGUCUCCGCGUGGCGAGGGACCAUUUCAAAGAAUACGUCAAGCCCAUCCUGACCGCUGCGGCGCUGGAUUACACCGUCAUUGAAGGACGUCAUGAGGGCGAUGUCCGUGCCAGCACUGCAGAGAGCAUUCGGAAGUUGAGGCGGAAGGCUGGUGAGCAGAGCUCGGUUAUUGAGGAGCCUAGCGUGGAGUCCGCUGUCUUGGACAUGCGCGAGCGCAUGGGUAUCCGGGACGAACCCGGUGCCAAGGGUGAUCUGGUAAUUGGGCGGCAUACCUGGAAGGAAUACGUUCGGGGCCUGCACGAGGGCUGGCUUGGACCAUUGAGCCCUCCGCUCGUUGCAGAAGCCGUUGCAGAAGCCGUUGCAGAGGUCGUUGCAGCUGAGCCGAUAGAGGAGACACUGAAGGACCUCGCAGCCGGUGACCAACCCUCCGAUGCCGCCCAGGCUAGCCCCGAGCAGAAGGCUGAGCCUGAGGAGAAGAAGGAAGAGAAGCCCUCGAAGCCUGCCGGUCCUGCUGAGGCUUACAUCCUUCCUACCGAUUAUCCCUCCGCCCACCUCCCCUCCUCAAUUCCUCAGUCCUUCGACAGCUCCGCGCCCAUUGAAUUCCCCCAUAUCCUUGGUUUCUUCAAUACCCCGAUUCGCCUGUACCGCUACCUUACCCAACGACACCUUGCUGAGAGCAUCGGUAGCCAAGUGGCAGCCCUCGUUCUCGCAGCCGAUGCUAGACCCUACCGCGACGAGUCCUUCGGCUCCGACUCCGAAGUGAGCGCAGCGAGCGCCGACACUACCCCAUCCAGCACAUACGAGCAGCAAACUCUUCUCGAGCAUGAAGAGAAGGAGUGGCAUAAAUCCGUUCACAAGCGUGACGAGGAAAACAAAGAUAAGGAACGUGAAUGGCUAGAUGAUAUCGUGCUUGAUCAGCGCAUCGCUUCGCGCAUGCAGCGCGCCACGCUCUCGCCCGAAGACGAGGCUCGCGCUCAGCGCAUUGCCUCGGAGGAGGAAUAUAUUCUCGGUCAGGAACGACCGCCUCCCGUUGCUUUUUGGCAGCGCAUGUGGAUCCAGUACGGCUACGGCGAGGACGAGGAGACCUUGAGGAAAAAGCCUAUUCUUCCUAUUGUCGAUGACGAGGAAUAGUGCGCAAGCACUGCAUUCUUUAAUUGAGAGAGUGCUCCAUAUCAUAGAAGCGUUGUGGUUUUUUCUGAUGCCUCGGGCGUGGGGUUUAUCUUGUUUUUUUAUAAUUUGCAUAACCAUCUCCCUCUUCGGCUUGUAUAUUAGUAUUAGAGGCGCAACUAUCUUUUCAACGGGAUGUACAUGGAAAAAAAAUACAAUAUUGACGAUAUUUUGAUCUCCU